GGCAGGGAGCAGCUUCUCGCGAGAAACUUUGCUUGUUUUGCUGCUGGGUUUUGAGCGAUUGAUUGAAAAGCAACGGCGAGACUGGAUUUCUUUGUUUGCUUGAAUAAAUGUUGCUAAUCUGAUAUAUGCUAUAUAUAUAUAUACCCAUAUAUAUAAGAGCAUAUAUCAAGUGAAAAAGCAGAGAAUCAGACGCUUGAAAAGGGGGAACAGGGCCGGAUAGGGGCUGCCGCACCGGAAGAGCAUCAUGUCGCCGCAGAGAAAACUGCUGCUGCUGGGCACGUUUGUGCACUCCAAGACGCAGCAGCAUCUCGAAUUCCUGCACAAUGCAGCAGUGGCGGUGGAUGAGCAGGGCAAGAUUGCCGCCAUUGAACGGGACGUGGCAGAGGCGAGCGAGGCCCAGGCACGGCUUCUCACGCAACUUGGCUGGGACGAAGCAGAGGUGGAUGUGACGGUGGCUGCCGAGGGGCAGUUUUUCUUUCCCGGCUUUGUGGACACGCACAUCCACGCGCCGCAGUAUGCAAACGCAGGCAUCUUUGGCAAAUCAAGUCUCCUGGACUGGCUCGAGACGUACACGUUCCCCCUCGAGUCCAGCCUCGCGGACCUCUCAAAGGCCCGCCGCGUCUACACCAGAUGCGUCCGCCGCACGCUCUCCCACGGCACCACCACGGCGACCUACUACGCCACCAUUGACGUCGCGGCAACCAACCUCCUCGCCGACCUCUGCCUGUCCAUGGGCCAGCGGGCGUUUGUGGGCAGGGCGUGCAUGGACAACCCGGACGUGAACCCGGACUACUACCGGGACGCCUCUGCCGCCGAGACAUUGAGGGCGACGCAGCAGACCAUUGACCACAUGCGCAGCAUCGACCCGGGAUUCGACAUCGUCUCGCCCAUCCUGACGCCCCGCUUCGCCCCUUCGUGUUCCCGCGAGGCCAUGGCCGGACUGGCACAGCUUCAUCGCGAGACAAACCUCCCCAUCCAGACUCACAUCUCAGAGAACCUCGGCGAAAUCCAGCUCGUGAAGAGCAUGUUCCCAGAGGCCGAUUCAUACGCAGGCGUCUACGACAAAUACGGCCUUCUCACCCCAAAGACAGUCCUGGCACACGCGGUGCACAUCUCCGAGGAAGAGGCGGAGCUCAUCGCCCAUAGGGGAUCAAAAGUGUCCCACUGCCCAUGCAGCAACACGUCCUUGACCAGCGGGCCGGCACGAGUGCGCUGGAUGUGGGACAGGGGCAUCGACGUCGGCUUGGGCACAGACAUGAGCGGCGGGUACAGCCCUUCGAUCCUAGAUGCCGCGAGACAGGCCGCGCUGGUGAGCAGACAUGUGGCCAUGGGCAUUCACGUCCCCGAAGGUGGCGGCGCUGCUGCCGUUGAGCAGGAGAAGGAAAGGGAGAGGGUCAAGCUGACGGUUGAAGAGGCGCUGUACCUGGCUACGCGGGGAGGAGCACGGUGUGUAGGGCUGGAAGACAAGAUUGGGGGGUUCGAAGUAGGCAUGGAAUGGGACGCGCAGUUGGUAUCUUUAAGUCAAGUGAGUGACGAUGGCGGCAUGGAAGAGCAUGACCAUGGCCAUGGACUUGUGGAUGUGUUUGGGUGGGAGAGCUGGGGGGAUAGACUGGCCAAAUGGCUGUACAACGGAGACGACCGAAACACGAAGAGGGUUUGGGUCAAGGGCAGGUUAGUCCAUAAACGAAAGUGAGGAACCGGAGCGGGCCUGGAGAUAUAGAGUAGAACAACUGUCUACCACGAUGGAAACGGUAAUGACUAGGAUGAGCAAAACGGAUAGAUAUAUAGAAUGUAGAAGGGGGAGAGGCAUUUCACUAGAAACAAAGCUAUAUUCC